GGAGAGAAAAUCGGAAGAACAGAUUUAGGGUUUGCAGGAGGAGAACAAGAAGAAGAAGCAGCAGUAGCGACAGCUAUGCCGAAGAACAAGGGUAAGGGAGGUAAGAACAGGAAGAGAGGAAAGAACGAAGCUGACGAUGAGAAACGUGAGCUGGUAUUCAAGGAAGAUGGGCAAGAAUACGCCCAGGUUCUUCGUAUGCUUGGGAACGGUCGGUGCGAAGCCAUGUGCAUCGACGGCACCAAACGUCUCUGCCACAUACGAGGGAAGAUGCACAAGAAGGUCUGGAUCGCUGCUGGCGAUAUCAUACUUGUGGGACUUCGUGAUUAUCAGGACGACAAAGCUGAUGUGAUCCUCAAGUACAUGCCCGAUGAAGCUAGGUUAUUGAAGGCUUAUGGUGAGCUCCCAGAGAAUACUCGUCUCAACGAGGGUAUCACUGCUGGAAUAGACGAAGACGAAGAUGGAGCCGGUGACGGUUAUAUUGAUUUUGAGGACGAGGACAUCGACAAGAUCUAGGGUUUGCGAUUUUUUUUCUUAUCUUUUUUUUCCCCCUCUUCUGGAAUAUGUUUAAUAUGAAAUCUUACAAGGAUGAGUUGUGCGGGGUUUGCGUUC